AUGAGUUCUUUUGCAUUCGCCGCACCAGGAGAGUUAUUCGAUAUUAAAAUCUCGGUCAAAUCUUCAGUCAUUCCAUCAGUCCUUGCUUCCAAAUCUUCAGACAAACCCAAACCGGCCACGGACAACCAUUUCCAACGCUCGGUGCUGUUUUUCGUUCCUGAAAGUGUCCAAGGGAAGCAAAACGUGCCCCUCUUGAUUGCCUUCCACGGCUCUACGGAAACCGGGCCUAUCUUCCGUAGUAGAACAACUGCGAUGGGGUACGAUAAAUUGGCGGCAGAAUUAGGAUUCAUUGUGGCCUAUCCCAGCGGAUAUAAGGGCAACUGGAACGACUCACGGAAAGCGGCCGCCUAUCCGGCCAAGCUUGAGAACAUUGAUGACGUCGGCUUCACAAAGUCUAUCAUACAAUACUCUUCCGAGAAUUGGUCCACCUGUCCGCAACGCACCCUUGUUGCUGGUUAUUCUAACGGGGGACACAUGUGCUAUCGCCUCGCACUCGAGCUUGGUUCGAGCUACAUUGCUGGAGUUGCCAUCCACUGUGCCAACCUGCCGACAGAUGACAACUCGGAUUGCGCGACCCUAUUGGGAGACGCUGUGCCGAUCUGCAUCGUUAACGGGACCGCAGACCCCGUCAAUCCAUGGGGCGGUGGUGAAGUCAGUCUUAGCCACGGACCUGCGACUGGAGGGUCAGUUGGUUCGCGAGGUUCUCACCGAAGUGCUCUUGAGACUGCAGAUUACUUUGCUGGAAGGUUCUUAGACCAGGGCAUAGAGCUUGAAUUGGAAGAAAUUGAGGACAUGGACGAGAUUCAGGAUGUGCGCCAAUUCCGUAAUCCACGUACCGGCCGAGCCUUGGUGAAGCUACUGGCCAUGAUCGGCGAGGGGCACUAUGUCCCCGUCGCUGGAGGCGAGAAAAAAGCCCUUGUGAUAGGCCCUCGCAGAGGAUCGGUCCACGCGCCCCGUGAAGUGGUCCACUUCUUUGCGGAAAACACUCCGUGCUUCGAGGCUCGCUGA